UCUCUCUAAUGUUUUCUUCUCUUAAAUUUUAUUGUUGGAUACAAACACAAUCCCACAUUGUAUUAUUAAAAACUAAAAAAUGGUCUCUUUCCCAUGUUAUUUUCUGUCAUGUUCUCACACACUUGGUUUUGCAGAAAGAUACUCGUCUGGUUGCAGCUCUUGACGCCAUGCGCCCCUAUGGAUUUCCUCAGGAUUUUGUCGAAGUCGCCGUAAGAGAGCUACUCAAUGUUUAUGGUGGAAAUGAAGGAUGGGUCUUUAUUGAAGACUCUUCUUACUCCGUCCUUGUUGAAACAUUACUUGAAAAAACAAAUGCUCCACAAGAUCAGAAGGAUGAUUCUCCUCAACAUGAUCCGGGAGAUGCAGAUAAUAAAGAAUCUUCAGCUGUUGGGCCAUCCACACCUACUUGCUCCAACUCAGGGGCCACAGAUGCUAUGUUGCUAACUAACCAGGCUUUGGACUCAGCCUCACAGCCUAAUGAGGCUCCAGACAGUGCACAUGAAUCUCAUGGUAUGCAUUAUCUCCCACCGACAGCAAGUUCUGGUGGUGCUGAAGCUCCUGGGGAUAGGCUUGCCCAGUCACCUCCACCUAAUGCGGAUGGUAUGCGUUAUCUCCCACCACCACAGGCAGCAAGUUCUGGUGGUGCUGAAACUUUUGGGAACAGUCUUGCCCGGUCACCUCCACACAUUGCAGAUGGUUUGAUUUAUCUCCCACCACCACCACCACCAGCAGCAAGUUCUGGUGGUGCUGAAACUCUUGGGAACAGUCUCGGCCAAUCACCUCCACGUAUUGCAGAUGGUAUGCAUUAUCUCCCACGGCCACCCGCAGCAAGAUCUGGUGGGGCUGAAACUCUUGGGAACAGUCUUGGCCAAUCACCUUCACGCAUUGCAGAUGGUAUGCGUUAUCUCCCAUGGCCACCGGCAGCAAGUUCUGGUAGGGCUGAAACUCUUGGGAACAGUCUUGCCCAAUCACCUCCACAUAUUGCAGAUGGUAUGCACUAUCUCCCACGGCCACUGGAAGCAAAUUCUGGUAGUGCUGAAACUCUUGGGAAAAAUCUUGCCCAGCCACCUCCACAUAUUGCAGGUAGUAUGCGUUAUCUCCCACCACCACUGGCAGCAAGUUCUGGUGGUGCUGCAACAAUUGGGAAAAGUUUUGCUCAGUCACCUCCACAUGUGAACCAAUCCCCACUACCAGAUAUUCGUCCUACCCGAAGGAGGCGACCUUACCAUGGCUGGAUUAGCAAUGAUGAGGAAAUCGAUCUAGUGCAACUGACACCAGCUCCAUUGCCAGAGGGAAUAGCAAAGUUGCUUAGGAGCUAGAUGAGUAGAGAAAGCCUAACAUCAUUUGGUAGGGAGAGGAUGGAAAGAGCAUUUGGUAGGGAGGAUAGAUGAUAAAAAGUGGGAGGUAAGAAAAACUGGAAGGAUAGAAAGAAUAGUAAUGAUUCAAAAGUGAUAGGAUAGAGAAGAAAUUAGUUGAAGGACGAAAACUGAUGUAAAUUUCCGUAUAUUUGGCUGAAAAGAAAAUGAGAAAAAUGAAAUUUUAAUUUGUAUAGAUUUUUAUGUUAUGCACAUAGCAUAUGAGAAGUAGUUGUUUCCCAUUAUUUUUGUAUAGUGCUUGAAGGGUUAUUACAA